CCGAGUUCCCAGUUGUCUUGAACGCAUUGAAGUCGGAAGUCUGCGAUUUCCGAGUUCCGAGAUCCAGUUGUUUUGAACUCGGCAUAUCAGCUUCGAUCGAGUCAUUGGAAAGGUCGUGCCGGAUAGAGAUGUAGCUUGUACCGCAUGACAAAAACGUGGGUCACUAAAACGUCUUAAAAUAUGAUGUGGUUACUUCAAGUAUGUGCCUUUUGGAUUCUGGGAUUAUAUUUUAACAGGAGCACGAUACCGUGCGCGUUCUGUUGAAUAAGAUCUGAAUAAUCAAGUAGCUGACGUUAACUUAAUUCUAGCUAAAUUCACAGAAUAGCUAGGUAAACAUGAGUCCUGCUACUUCAAAUCAAGAGACAGCUGCAACAGGACCUGGAAGUGGCACACCUUUCUCCAUAACUGGACGUAUCCAGCAAGUCUACAGCCAUGUGAAAAUAGAGAAUUUGGUUGCAGGACUCGGUGGAGGAGUCGUGUCAACACUGGUGCUGCACCCUCUUGACCUAGUCAAAAUCAGGUUUGCAGGUAAAGUUAUGUAUGUCAAUGUGUGGCUCUAAAACUCUUACAGUAGCUACAAGGUGUUUAUUUGUCCAGCCUAAAAGGGACUGGCAGCAGCUAGCUAAUUUCUGCCUUUGACAGGUGUAAGAUUGGGAACCUGCAAAUUAUGCAAUCGGCACAUGGUAAUAACAUAGGAGUAGCUAGCUACCUGGCUGGAACUUGAAUGGACAGUUGAUGUUCUGUUGACUCUGACAGUGUAUGUUUUCCCCUGCCUUGUUAUUUUCCUGCAGUGAGCGAUGGACUGGACCUGAGACCUAAAUAUAAUGGCGUUAUCCAUUGUUUGAGAAAUGUGUGGCAGCAGGAGGGGGUCCGAGGACUCUACCAAGGAGUCACCCCAAACAUCUGGGGUGCUGGGGCAUCAUGGGGCCUCUACUUCUUCUUGUAAGUAUAACCAGAAGAAGUAAAACCGUUCUACUUUCUCUGGGAUAAUAUCUUUACAAUAUGACAGCUGGAUGACAUGACAGCAUGCAUGCAUUGCCAGACAUUUAUUGGAAUUUCAAUAGUAUAUCCCAGGGGUUAAAGAAAGUAUUGUCUUAUCAUCAGGUGAAUGGUAAAGGCAAGUAGGAGUAAUCGACAUUUGAAAAUGAAUAGAUUUGGUAGACGGUUUCAUUAUUUUUACCUACCCACAGUUCAUUGGAAGAGGGAGUGUAAACUCUUAACAUUAUUAGCUAGAAAGGUACAGUAUCUCGGCUGCGUAGAGAGAAUUUUGCUGUUGUAAAGCACAUUUUCUGCAACUCUACAGAUUUAUCUAUUGAGCUGACAGAAAAUGUUACUGUUUUGAAGCUAAUUUCCAGCAAUUCUAUACAGUUUGGCAUGGAGCUGAGAGACAAUUCUGCAGUUUUAAAGCUAAUUUCCAGCAAUUCUAUGCAUUUUGCCAUGGCUAAUGCUGUGUUCCUCUGCUCAGACAUUAUAACAAAAUCAAUGGGCAUGGGCCCUGAAUGCCCAUUUUUUAAAAUAUGUAAUAUAUAUAUAUAUAUAUAUAUAUAUAUAUAUAUAUAUAUAUAUAUAUAGUUCAAUAUCUUUUCUGCAUGCUUUCUAUCUGGUUUUGGUUGUUUAAGUUGACACUGAAACAGUUUUUCUGUCCUGAAAUUUACCAUGGCCCGCCUAAGAAUUUUCUAUACAGAAAAACCCCUGUAAUUAGCUCCAAUGACUGUAAUUUCAAAUCAAAUCAAAUGUUAUUUGUCACAUGUGCCGAAUACAACAGGUGUAGACCUUACAGUGAAAUGCUUACUUACAAGCCCUUAACCAACAAUGCAGUUUUAAGAAAGAAUACAACAAAAAAUCACACAAAAAUACAAUAUACAAUUAUACAAAAUAAAAGUAACAAAUAAUGAAAGAGCAGCAGUAAAAAUGACAAUAGCGAGGCUAUAUACGGGGGGUACCAGUACCGAGUCAAUGUGCGGGGGCACCGGUUAGUCAAGGUAAUUGGGGUUGGAGGCCAAGCAGUUGCCAUACCAGGCAGUGAUGCAACCAGUCAGGAUGCUCUCGAUGGUGCAGCUGUAGAACCUUUUGAGGAUCUGAGGACACAUGCCAAAUCUUUUCAGUCUCCUUAGGGGAAUAGGUUUUGUCGUGCCCUCUUCACAACUGUCUUGGUGUGCUUGGACCAUGUUAGUUUGUUGGUGAUGUGGACACGAAGGAACUUGAAGCUCUCAACCUGCUCCACUACAGCCCCGUCGAUGAGAAUGGGGGCGUGCUCGGUCCUCUUCUUUUUCCUGUAGUCCACAAUCAUCUCCUCCACACGGGCCCCCGUGUAGCUCAGUUGGUAGAGCAUGGCACUUGCAACGCCAGGGUUGUGGGUUCGAUUCCCACGAGGGGCCAGUAUGAACUGGUAGAGCACGGCGCUUGUAACGCCAAGGUAGUGGGUUCGAUCCCCGGGACCACCCAUACACAAAAAAAAUGUAUGCACGCAUGACUGUAAGUCGCUUUGGAUAAAAGCGUCUGCUAAAUGGCAUAUUAUAUUAUUAUAUUAUAUUAAGUAAAUGUAUGCACUCACUAACUGUAAGUCGCUUUGGAUAAGAGCGUCUGCUAAAUGACUAAAAUGUAAAAAUAUUAAAGGGGUAGUUUGAGAUUUUGGCAAUGAAGCCAUUUAUCUACUUCCCCAGAGUCGGAUGAGCAGGAACAGCUAGCAUGCUAACUGUUCCUGUAGACUUCAAGUCAUUGCACUAACGCUAGUUGGCAUGGGCUUGUGAAACUACCUCUAACUUCCUUCAUUCUGGACGCAGAGACAUAAACAUUGUAUCCACGAUGGUAUUCUGUUGCUGCUAGCGAUAUUCAUAAAAUAAUUAUUUUUCACGUUAAAAAACCCUCCCAAAAAUUGCCCCAAAAAAUUGGCGGACCCACUGCAGCCCAGUUUGGAAACCCCUCGUCUAUCCAAUCAACUAUGAACUCAUCACUUAACAUGACUGUUGAUAAUAUUUCUACAUUGUACUCUAGCACUUUUAAAUAGCAAUGGUAGCGUCGGGAUUUGUCUAUUGAGGUAUCCAAUGAAUUUUCUGUUCUGUCUGUAUUAACUUCCCCCACAGUUACAAUGCCAUCAAGGCGUACACUAAGGAAGGCCGUCAGUCUGAACUGAGUGCCACAGAACACCUGCUGUCAGCCGCCCAAGCAGGUUAGUACUGCCUCUGUCUAGACCCCAGGGACACACACACUGGUGGUGUGUGGUCAAUACCACAACUUCGAAGGUCAACACUGUUUGAUCAAACAGUUAACAUUACACAUCUAAAUAAACAUAUCAUAGUCUGCUAUACUAGUCCAGACUUUGAUUAGUUGAAUCAGGCGUGUGACUGACUAGUUGGAACAAAAUAUUUGACUCCUCUGACUAAGGCAAAAGUACAUAUGUAUACAGUUAUUGGUCAAUUUGCUGAACUUUUAUAAUUUUUCUGGCUGUAUACGGUCAUGUGAUUUGAUUGACCCUAGCCUAAUCAUGUUAAACUAAUGCCCUGCACUCACUGACAGACAAUGGAAAAGGAAAGAAAGACACUGGCUGCCCUGUGUCAUGUGAUUUAAUAAAACUUAAUGAGAUAGGGGUCUUCACCAGCUCCAUGCUUCACAGGCUCCAUGUAGUGUAGCGUAGAGCUUGUAGUUUGGUUUAAUUCAUGUUGUACACUUAUGCAGCUGUGUGUGUGUGUCAGAAACUCACCUCUGUUUCCUCCGUCUCCAGGUGUAUUGACUCUCACCCUAACCAACCCUAUCUGGGUGACUAAGACUCGCUUGGUGCUGCAGUAUAACACUGAUCCCACCAGGAAACAGUAUAAAGGGAUGAUAGAUGCACUGGUGAAGAUCUACCGGCAUGAGGGGAUACCUGGACUGUACAGGGUGAGGCUCAGUAUAACCCAGGGUUUGUCAUCUGUAUGUAUGAUGGCUGUAUCCUGAAUAGAGCUUAUUAGGACUUUCUUGUCUGCUUACAAGUCAGGUGCAGGUCCAGUGAAUGUGCAGGACAUGUGAAUGGUGUCAUAUGUAAACAUGUUUUCUCCUUAUGAUCCCUCACAGCCUAAAAUUAGGCAAUGUACCGUAAAAUCAGUCUCAAAUAGCCACCUGUCCUUUUUAAUAGCUGGGCAUCGGCAAAUAUUUCAGCAAAUAAACGGCUGUUUCAAAUAAACGCUGGGUCUAAAUGAGGUUACCAUGGACACAGCUCUUAUAUUCCCACAGUCAACAUUUUUUAUUUAAUUAUUUCAUUGUUGCUAGCCAUGGAGCCACCAAAAAGAAAACACGAGAGCAAAUGGAGCUCUUUAUGGUGCUGAUGCGCGAAAUCGGGGUGUAUGAUAGGCAGCCUAGUCUUUGCAGGUCUGAUCUACAAUGGAUUUGUUAUUAUAAUGUUUAUGCUGGUCAUACUGGUCACAAUGAACAGUGUGGUAGUCUUUUCAACCUUUUUUAUUGAGCAAAAGCUGUGUGCAAUAAGGAAAUAGUCGCCUGGCUCAAAUAGAAACCUGUCUCUAAUAAGCACCGAUUAUGUUCAGUGAUUGAAGCAAAUAAACGCCCAGGCUAUUAAAGAUGCACUAUGCAGAAAUCGCUCCACCAUUUCCUUGUUCCUCAAAUUCUAAUAGUUAGCCUAAUUUCAUUUUACAAGGAAGUAUAGUGUAGAGAAUCAUUGUACCAUCUAAACCGCUGUGAAAUAGCUUUUCCAUACCCCAAAAUAUUGUAUUUUCAACUGUUUGAAGCUGGUACUAAAUUACUAAAAUGUAAAUGUGAACAAAACCGAAAGUAAAAGACUCAACAAUGAAACUUAAGAACGAGAAGCCUAGAAAUAGCCACGUAGAACAGAUCUACCACUUCUUAGACUUGCUUUCAAUGAGUGACAUACCUAUACCUCAUAUUUCUAUGUGAAUUUGGUCGGUUGCCCAAAAAAGUUACAUAUUGCAGCUUUAAUUGAAGUUUUACAGAAUGUACUUUAGUUGCAUAAGAUUUGAAUGCAUGUUUUAUAGACUACCACUAGGGGGCAGUACUCCAUUUUACAUUUUAGCAAUUUAGCACACUCUUAUCCAGAGGGAUAUACACUGCUCAAAAAAAUAAAGGGAACACUAAAAUAACACAUCCUAGAUCUGAAUGAAUGAAAUAAUCUUAUUAAAUACUUUUUUCUUUACAUAGUUGAAUGUGCUGACAACAAAAUCACACAAAAAUUAUCAAUGGAAAUCUAAUUUAUCAACCCAUGGAGGUCUGGAUUUGGAGUCACCCUCAAAAUUAAAGUGGAAAACCACACUACAGGCUGAUCCAACUUUGAUGUAAUGUCCUUAAAACAAGUCAAAAUGAGGCUCAGUAGUGUGUGUGGCCUCCACGUGCCUGUAUGACCUCCCUACAACGCCUGGGCAUGCUCCUGAUGAGGUGGCGGAUGGUCUCCUGAGGGAUCUCCUCCCAGACCUGGACUAAAGCAUCCGCCAACUCCUGGACAGUCUGUGGUGCAACGUGGCGUUGGUGGAUGGAGCGAGACAUGAUGUCCCAGAUGUGCUCAAUUGGAUUCAGGUCUGGGGAACGGGCGGGCCAGUCCAUAGCAUCAAUGCCUUCCUCUUGCAGGAACUGCUGACACACUCCAGCCACAUGAGGUCUAGCAUUGUCUUGCAUUAGGAGGAACCCAGGGCCAGCAUAUGGUCUCACAAGGGGUCUGAGGAUCUCAUCUCGGUACCUAAUGGCAGUCAGGCUACCUCUGGCGAGCACAUGGAGGGCUGUGCGGCCCCCCAAAGAAAUGCCACCCCACACCAUGACUGACCCACCGUCAAACCGGUCAUGCUGGAGGAUGUUGCAGGCAGCAGAACGUUCUCCACGGCGUCUCCAGACUCUGUCACGUCUGUCACGUGCUCAGUGUGAACCUGCUUUCAUCUGUGAAGAGCACAGGGCGCCAGUGGCGAAUUUGCCAAUCUUGGUGUUCUCUGGCAAAUGCCAAACGUCCACCUGUGGACGUCGGGCCCUCAUACCACCCUCAUGGAGUCUGUUUCUGACCGUUUGAGCAGACACAUGCACAUUUGUGGCCUGCUGGAGGUCAUUUUGCAGGGCUCUGGCAGUGCUCCUCCUGCUCCUCCUUGCACAAAGGCGGAGGUAGCAGUCCUGCUGCUGGGUUGUUGCCCUCCUACGGCCUCCUCCACGUCUCCUGAUGUACUGGCCUGUCUCCUGGUAGCGCCUCCAUGCUCUGGACACUACGCUGACAGACACAGCAAACCUUCUUGCCACAGCUCGCAUUGAUGUGCCAUCCUGGAUGAGCUGCACUACCUGAGCCACUUGUGUGGGUUGUAGACUCCGUCUCAUGCUACCACUAGAGUGAAAGCACCGCCAGCAUUCAAAAGUGACCAAAACAUCAGCCAGGAAGCAUAGGAACUGAGAAGUGGUCUGUGGUCAUUGGGGGUGUCUUGCUAAUUGCCUAUAAUUUCCACCUGUUGUCUAUUCCAUUUGCACAACAGCAUGUGAAAUGUAUUGUCAAUCAGUGUUGCUUCCUAAGUGGACAGUUUGAUUUCACAGAAGUGUGAUUGACUUGGAGUUACAUUGUGUUGUUUAAGUGUUCCCUUUAUUUUUUUGAGCAGUGUACAUUUAGUGCAUUCAUCCUAAGAUAGCUAGGUGAGACAACCACAUUUCACAGUCUGUGGUGGAAAAAGUACCCAAUUGUCAUACUUCAGUAAAAGUAAAGAUACAUACCACUCAAGUAAAAGUGAAAGUCACCCAGUAAAAUACUACUUGAGUAAAAGUCUUAAGUAUCUGGUUUCAAAUAUACUUAAGUAUCAAAAGUAAAUGUAAUUGCUAAAAUAUACCUUAGUAUCAAAAGUAAAAGUAUAAAUCAUUUCAAAUUCCUUAUAUUAAGCAAACCAGACGGCACCAUUUUCUUCUUUUUUUUAAACAUUAUUUGCUUUAGGAAUGUAUUAAAGUGAAAGUUGUCAAAAAUAUAAAUAGUAAAGUACAGAUACCCGAAAAAACGACUUAAGUAGUACUUUAAAGUAUUUUUACUUAACUACUUUACACAGCUGUUUACAGUCAUAGUAAUAAGUAAAUAUUUCCUCAAGUUAUCAGCAAAGUCAGUGUUAGUAGAGGUAGGUAGAUCAUGCACAGGGCAGGGCUGUUCAAUGUCAGUCCUGGAGGGCUAAAACACUUCUGGUUGUCAUCCUCUCCUUCUAAUAAGGGACUAAUUCAGACCUGGGCCACCAGUUGAGUGCAAUUAAAUACCAGGUAGAAACAAAAACAGAAGUGUUUCGGACCUCCAGGACCAGAAUUGAACAGCCUGGGUAGUCAAUAUGAUAAAUUGACUUUCAAGAUAUUAGUGUCUUUUAUAUCAGCUAUAAGUAUUUUUCAAUAUUAUAAAUACCAUGAUCAUAUCAAUUGGAUUUGGAAGAUAACAGCACCUUUCAUUGGCGCUAAAACAAAGGUUAUUUGUCAGGUACAGAUAAUGACCCCAGUGUUUAAUCCUCCAGGGGUAUGUUCCUGGUUUAUUUGGCACGUCACACGGGGCAUUGCAGUUCAUGGCCUAUGAGGAGCUGAAGAGAGACUACAACAAAUACAAGAAAAUGCCUUCAGAAGCUAAACUGGUGAGUGCAGAGUGAGGAAACAUUAAGACUUCUAUAACCACACCUAAUGUAAAUGUGUUCAUAGUUUUAAUGACUCAACCAUAUGGGUAAUAAACCUUUAAAUUACUCAUAAAGAAAACCCACUUCUAAGUGUUGCAGGAUUUCUGGAAGAAUUACCGUAAUGCUUGUGAAGUAAGUGACUCACAGGCAUCACUCCUCCAACCUCUCUCUCUCUCUCUCGGUCUGACCAGAAUCCAUUGGAAUAUAUCACAAUGGCAGCUCUAUCCAAAAUAUUUGCUGUGGCUACUACAUACCCUUACCAGGUGGUGCGGGCUCGCCUGCAGGACCAGCAUAAUAAGUACAAUGGAGUCCUGGAUGUGGUCAGGAGGACAUGGAGGUAGGCCAAGACCACACUGUUGGUUUACAGUACAUACACAAAAAACAGCUAGUUUUAGGUUAACUAGCCAAAACUUGCUAUAAUUUACUGUUAAGUGGGCAUAUAACCAUGUUCAUGGAGUUUGGUAACAUAACAGUGUGAAGCAACUAAGAUCCGCAGCUUCAAACUCUAACCCUACAGAGAGCCAUGAGAAAGCUUGCUAACGCCCAUUCCAAUGCUGACAUUUCAGUCUGGUUUUUUUCCACAUAGUGACUACUGUGUUUAUUUUGGUCCCUCCUCCACAGGAAUGAGGGAGCUGUAGGGUUCUAUAAAGGCAUGGUGCCCAACCUGAUCCGUGUCACCCCAGCCUGCUGUAUCACCUUCGUGGUCUAUGAGAACGUGUCUCGCUUCCUGAUGGGCCAGAAGUGAGGAGGACUAAGGAGACAGCCAUGGCAGGACCACAAAGAGGAAGGGACACUCAGACAAUGUAUGUGGUGCUAGAUAAGAUAAGCCAUGAACUGAAGUCUCCAGAACUGUCACAGCAGGUAACUGGACAACUGGAGCGGACAUAUCACCUGGAUGCACCUCUGGCAGCAGAGUCAAAACAACCAUAAAGCAACUCCAAAAGCAUGUGGUGGAAUUAGAUCUUAUUAUCACUAUGAAAAACCAGGACUCUCAUCUAUAGUAUGCAUUCGAGGUUUGGCAUUCUCAGAGAGAUGAUGUUGACAAUGCUGGUAAUUAAAGACUGGUCUCUCUGUCUCUUCCUUGGUUGCAUCACAGAAGAACAGACCUCACUGGAGGUACUGUACAGGAUGUGGGGGUGAAACAUCAAAGCAAAAAUAAACCAUUCUUUCAAGGCUGCUGACUGUGAUGUGAAUACCAUGUGUGUGUGUAAUAUAAGUCCGAUUUAAACGUCGACAUUAAAAGAGCAUACCUGCUAUUUUCAGGGUAUAAUGUACACCCAAUUUGUUUUUAUUUAACUUAUUGGCAUCAUGCUGUAGGGCAUGUAAACCCUCAUGUGAAUGAUGUCAUAGGAAAUGAUCGCAGAAGACUGAUUGCACUGUUCAACAUCUUUGAAAUAAUGUUAAUUUCAGAAGUCUUAAUCUGAAAUAUCAGUGUUGAAUUGGCAUUAGUCCAUUUAUUUUCAGGUAAAGUUUCAAGCUUUAUGUUCCUUUUGUAUUUGUUAGCUUUUUGUUUCAGAUAACAUUUUACAGCUGUUCUGUGUUCACUUGUCAUUUCAAAACGAUAUGAACACAUGCAUUUUUUAUGAAUUCACCUGGUCAUGCAUAAACCAAUGUUCAAAG